AUGACUGAAAUCCCUAGGAAAGAAAAAGAACAAGGAAUCUUUCCUGACCUGGAUAUUGAUACUUAUAUGAAGUUAAUUACUAUUUUUGUUGAAGGACAAAGCAAAAAUCUUAAAACAAAAUUUGUUGUAAAGAUACUUGGAUUGGAUAUUUAUGAUGACACUCUGGUUGGAGAUGGACUAGAUAGAUGCAUUUCAGGUGGACAGAGAAAAAGGCUAACUACAAGUAUCUUGAAAAUCAGUUCUGCAGAAGGUCAAGUAGUUGGUGCAAAGAUAAUUUUUGCUAUCUCCCAAGAUGCAUCUUUUUUCUCAAAGCUAUUAACAACAGAUGCAACAAGACAACUCCUCCAACUUUUAGGCCCUGGUAAUGACGCCCCAGUUAGAGCUGAAGCACUUGGUGCUAUUAAAUCUCUAUCUGCCCAGUGCCAAGAUGCAAGGAAAGAGAUAGCCAAUUGUAUUUAA